UCCCAGCUGGAGGAGGAGCAGCAGGCCCUGCAGAAGAAGCUGAAGGGGACGGAGGAUGAGGUGGACAAAUACUCUGAGUCGGUCAAAGAGGCCCAGGAGAAGCUGGAGCAGGCGGAGAAGAAGGCAGCAGAUGCUGAGUCCGAUGUGGCCUCCCUGAAUCGCCGCAUCCAGCUGGUGGAGGAGGAGCUGGACCGCGCCCAGGAGCGCCUGGCCACCGCGCUGCAGAAGCUGGAGGAGGCUGAGAAAGAGGCUGACGAGAGCGAGAGGGUGAUCAUUGAGGGGGAGCUGGAGCGCUCGGAGGAGAGGGCGGAGGUUGCGGAGAGCCGAGUGAGACAGCUGGAAGAGGAGCUGCGCACCAUGGACCAGACCCUCAAAUCCCUGAUGGCCUCAGAGGAAGAGUACUCCACCAAGGAGGAUAAGUACGAGGAGGAGAUCAAGCUGCUAACAGACAAACUGAAGGAGGCCGAGACCCGAGCAGAGUUUGCUGAGCGAUCCGUGGCCAAGCUGGAGAAAACCAUCGAUGACUUAGAAGAGAAUCUGGCCAGUGCCAAAGAGGAGAACGUUGGCAUUCACCAAGUUCUAGACCAGACCCUGCUGGAGCUGAACAACCUCUGAGCCGCUUGAGAGCUCCUCUGUCCACCUGUCCCUGCACCUGAACCCCACUGGCACCCUCUGGAGGUCACCAAGUGAACUGCAUCAUGGCCAAAGCCACACAUCCAUGAGAAGGGAAACCCUGCAGCCUAUACCCUGGCCUGGGGCGUCUUGUCUGUGCACAGCCAGAUCGGCUCUGUCCUGUCUUCAUGUCCAAAAAUUAAAGCAAGUUUAACAAGAUG